CUCUGAUAACUAGAGGAGAGAGAAAACUAAGAUUUCGAGGGUCUGGAGGACGGAGAAGACGAAGACGAAGCUCAGAGGUUCAUCCAUGGAGCCCAGUGACGGAUUAGCCUCCACCAACUACAAGGCCGGAUCUGUCUCCGGCCUCCAAACGGCCAUUUCGUCGGUAUUUUCUCGGUGGGACGGACUUCAAAUGGCCAUUCAAAACCAAUGGGGCGGUCGCGACUCUCACCAGAAAUCUCUGAAUCUCGCCUCCGAUGUCUUCUCUUGGUUCUCUCGAUCCAAACCUCCUCUGUACGUGGAAGAUCUGGAAAAUUUGCUCCAUGAGAGCUUGUUACUCUCCUUCAACACCGAGAUUGAAGAUGGCAGCAUCGAACAGGUAGCAGAGCAAUUGAUGAUGAUAUACGAAGAACAUUUGCAGGGAAGUCGCUAGAAAAUAGAAUCAAUGUUCAUAAGAAAAAACAUCGGCAUCGCAUUGCCAAGGGCUUGAAGGCUGGUAGAAUUCAGAAAUGUUAUGGGAAUUCUUAUGAUUAAGUUCAAAAUUCAAACACUGUAAAUGGAAUAUUCAUUCAUCAUCCUCCAUGUUUUAAAUAUUUUGAUAAAAAAAAAAAAAGAGUUUUGAAGAGGGUGAUAAAAUAUAGGUUAGAUUAUACUAUUAUUUUUAAUACCACAAAUUGGGAUAUGGGUUCUAACUUUUGGGGAGGAGUAGGUGUUAGUUAUAGUUGAGUUAUUUUUUUUA